AUGAUUGGCUCCUCUGCCCUCGGCAAACAUCUUCCUGAAGAGUUUGCCACUCCAUGGGAACGUAGUGGCGGUGGGGAUGUUCUGCCACGACAUCGGGUCGAGCGGAACUCAUGCUGCGCAACUGUGACUGCUUCUCGAGCCACGUUCAUUAUUCUGUACGCCGUGGAACAAUUGCUCAAAUAG